CCUCCAUCACUCUCUUCUUCUCAGCUCAACCUAUCUGAAUGGAUGCUUCUUCUUCUUUGCAACUCUCUCUCUCUUCCAAAACAGAAACAGAGAGUCAGAGUCAGAGUCAGAGUCAAGAGUUUCCUUCCUGUCAAGUCCUCAAAACCUUCGGUCCCUCGCGUUUCUCGGGGCCAUGUACGCCCGCAAAUCUCUAUCUCUCUCUGCCAACCUCCAAAUCACAACACACUACGUUACCCUCUUUUUUUUUUUCCUCUGUUUUUUUCUUUUCUUUUCUUUUUUAAUUUUUUUGGAUUUUCCAUUCAUGUCCUCUCCCCCCUCCCGUUCCUACUUCCUGGUUUCACAAUCAACAAACCAAAGGCAGUUUAAUUUUUAUUAUUUUUAUAGGAUAUUAAUCGAUAAUUAGAAAAAACAAACAGAAAAAUCUGCAAGCCCAGAAACGCCAGGCAGCCCAGCCAGAACUCCUGCAAUCCACGGGCACUUCAUUUCUUAAUUUUCAGGUGCAGGGAUUUCUGGUCUGGUUUUUGGGUCUCCUAUCUCUUUUGGGUAUAUAUAAAUUUAUCUGUAUUUCCUCCUAUACAUUAAAGUUUUGACAUUUGGGUUUUGAGAUUGGAUUUUCCACACCUUCUGGUUUCUGCCACAUUCUUUGAUAUAUAGAGGUUUCUUUCUGCCUUUCCUUUCACAUUUCCCGGAUUCUGAAUUUCCAUGGAAUUUGGGUAUCUGGGUAAGGGUCAAUAAUCAUCAAAGGCUUUAGCUAUGUGAAUUCAGGUUAUUUAUUGGGUGGAAAGAGAUACCCAGAUUGAGAAUUGGAGGAAAAAUGAUGGAUUGAAGGGAAACUCUUGGGUUUCCCCGGUAAUGCAGGCAACAUAUUUGAUUAAUGAUCUCACUCAUAUAUUUUGCAAAAGGGGUGAUUAGUUUGGAAGCAUUGGAAACAGGGGAUUUUGGGAGGUGCAAAAAAAUAUGGGCUGCAUUUGUUCAAAAGGAGCCUCAGAACAGGAAAAGGUGGAGGAUUCUGACACGGUAGAACACCCUUUGAAGGAUUAUUCGGUUCAAUUGGUUGCUCCUACCCCAUCAUUGAGAGAUGACUUUGUAGCCGAAGUAAGUGGUCUUGGUGGUGGUGGUGGUGGUGCUGAUGGGUCAGUGCGCUUGUUAUCAAACACGGCCUCAAGAGCCAAUAGGAGAAGCAAUGCUGCUAAUGAUGAAGAUCCUAAUAAGACCCAAGUCAUCUCAAAACCUGGGAAUUCUAAUCAUCAAAGAUGGGCAACAAUGGAUAUGGAAGCAAGUGAAAAGCAAACGGUGAUGUCUAGGAUAGUGAGCAUGCCACAUGGUGCAGAAGGAGAACAAACUGCUGCUGGAUGGCCAUCAUGGCUAACUUCGGUUGCAGGAGAUGCCAUCAAAGGGUGGGUGCCUCGACGGGCAGACUCGUUUGAGAAGUUAGACAAAAUUGGACAAGGAACUUAUAGCAGUGUAUACAAGGCUCGUGACCUGGAAACUGGUAAAAUUGUUGCACUGAAGAAAGUACGAUUUGUAAAUAUGGACCCGGAAAGUGUUCGCUUUAUGGCUAGAGAAAUCCAUAUUUUACGAAGACUUGAUCAUCCAAAUGUUAUGAAACUCGAAGGGCUAGUCACUUCAAGAGUGUCAUGCAGUUUAUAUCUUGUCUUCGAGUAUAUGGAGCAUGACCUUUCUGGUCUUGCAGCAAUACGCGGCAACAAGUUUACAGAAGCUCAGAUUAAAUGUUAUAUGCAACAGUUGCUUCUUGGACUUGAACACUGUCAUAGUCGAGGUGUCCUGCACCGAGAUAUCAAGGGUUCAAAUCUUCUGCUUGACAAUGACGGAGUCCUUAAGAUUGGUGACUUUGGUCUGGCUACCUUUUAUGAGCCUGGUCAAAAGGAGCCAUUAACUAGUCGUGUUGUAACUCUGUGGUUUAGGGCACCUGAGCUUUUGCUUGGUGCCACUGCAUAUGGAGAUGCUAUAGACCUGUGGAGCACUGGCUGUAUCCUUGCGGAAAUGUAUGCUGGAAAGCCUAUCAUGCCUGGUAGAACAGAGGUGGAACAAAUGCAUAAGAUUUUUAAGCUUUGUGGUUCACCGUCUGAGGACUUCUGGAAGAAAACAAAAUUACCACAUGCAACUAGUUUCAAACCUCAACAACCUUACAAGCGUCGUAUUGCUGACACUUUCAAAGAGUUACCUUCUUCAUCUUUGGCUCUUAUUGAUAGACUCCUUUCGAUAGAACCAGAGAAGCGGGGAUCAGCUGCUUCGGCACUUAGCAGUGAGUUCUUCACUACGCAGCCACUACCUUGUAAUCCAUCAAAUCUACCAAAAUAUCCUCCAAGCAAGGAGUUUGAUGCCAAGCUUCGGGAUGAGGAAAAAAGGCGAAAAGUAGAUGCUUUUAAAGGACGUGGUACUGAAUCUGUUAGAAGAAGUUCAAGAGAUACCAAGGCAGUGCCAACGCCAGAGUUUAAUGCUCAGGGAGAUGCAUCUUUGCAGGGACAGAGAAACCUGAAAACCACAGGUCACAAGUACAUGCCCCAACGAGACAGUGUCUCUGGCUUUGCAAUGGAACCUUCUGGAGGAGCUAGGCAGAAUGGAUACUCGCAUUGUAGUUCAAUGAUACACCCUAGUGCAGUAGAAUCAUCAUUGAAUAAGACAGUUUCUACACUAAAUAAGUCAGAGCUAAGGACACAGAAAUCUCACAAGCCUCAAGCUGGAGCAGACUUUUUUAUUUCUUCCAAUAAGAAGGAUGAAAGAGUGCAUAGCAGAGAUUCCAGAAUGGGCUAUGUACCCAAAAACAGAAUCCAUUACUCUGGACCAUUGGUGCCCCCAGGAGGAAACAUUGAAGACAUGCUCAAAGAGCAUGAGAGGCAAAUCCAACAGGCUGUACGUAAAGCACGGGCACGUUGACAGGGGCAGACCAAAUAGAGAACUUUGAUAACAACCAUGGAAGACAUCGGUGGUCCUGAACAGUCGAUAUUCUGCUGCCUCUCUUGUAACCAUGCUGUCUGCUCACCAAAAAGGGCCACUUGCACCUGCCAAGUUUGCUAGUGAACUAUAAAAGCCAAUGAGAAAUGUUAGCAUGGAGGCUGAACCAAGAUGAACGUAGUUAUAUAUUCAGAAAUGAAAAGCAAUGUAUGGGGUGGAUGAUAUAUUCUUUUGUACCACUGAAGUGAGAAGCGAUAAGGAUUUGUGGGUUUUUUGUUGGUUACUCAACAAUUAUAGGUUUCAGGCUUUCGCCUUGUACAGAGGACGGAUGUUGUUGAUGUACAUUGUAAGAAAUCGAUUUUCUUUUCUUCAUGAUUCAGUUUUCUUGUAAGUUACGAAUACGCUGGAUUUUACGCACUGAUAUGCAUACUCGGCUAAUCUGUCAA